GUGUAGGGGGAACUGUAGAAUGCCAGUAUGAGGGGUCAUGUUCCCGUCCAAGAUAAAUCUGUGGAAAUCAUUGUUCUGUAUUUUGACCUGAAAUAACCCUCCGUUGUCCAGGAGCUCAGUGCUGCGUUUGAAUGCAUCAGGACUAGCAGCAACACUUUUAAAAACAAAAGCUAUGGAAAGGGUAAUAGUAAGCCUGCAGUUUCCAUGCGAAUAGGACACUCGACCGGACUCGGGCUGUUUUAUGAAUGAACAGCGAAAGCAAAGAUUGCGGAACGCCAAACUCUUCCACCGUGUUCGGCUGCUGGAUCCACAGAUACCAGGGGGAUCAGAGUGGUCGACCUUCAUUGCGGAAAACCCUCUCACUGCAGACUAAUGUGAAAGCUUGCCAUUGAACUACGUACUUACAAAGCUUCGGCUAGCCGCGAGGCGAGGUGACCAUGUCGAUCCACAUCGUGGCCCUGGGGAGUGAGCGGUCUGGCCUGGGACUGCUGGAGGAGGGGGCAGGGCAGCCCCAGGGUGGGCUGUUGUGGAGCUACCUGGGCCGCAGCGUGGUGCCCGGGGCGAGGGACGCCCUGAACAGGGCCGACGGGACGAUGCUGAGCUCCACGGCAGCCACCAGGCACCCCAUGAACCCGGCCUUCAUCGAGUACCAGGCCCGCAUGUUCGGGGACGUCAGGGUCCUGGUGCACGACUGCCCCAGCUGGGACCUGUUGGACAGAGACUGGGUGGCCACUCGCAGUGUGCUGGAGCAGGCUGACAUCCUGGUCAUCAAGUAUUCGGUUAACGACAAACUGACCUUCCAGCUGGUGCGGGACACCUACAGCCCCCGGAUCCGGCCCCUGCUGCGGCACUGGGCCGUCCCCGUCAUUGUGGCCGCUGUGGGCGCACGGCUCAACGAGGAAGGCCCCCCUUGCACCUGCCCCCUCUGUGCCUCGGACUGGAGCAGUUCUGUACCCCACAGCGAGGGUCUCCAGCUGUCCCGGGACCUGGGGGCCACCUACCUGGAGGUGCCCUCCCUCAACGACUUCUUCGUGGGGCGUUACUUCGGUGGAGUGCUGGAGUACUUCAUGGUUCAGUGUCUGAAGCAAAAGGCCAAAGAGAGGCCGGACAAGAGGCGGACCCACAAGGCCAGUGAGCUCCGCCCACCUCAGCUGGAGCAACCAGCGCGGCUCCCGGCAGUGAGGGUGGAGGAGUCUCGUUUCUCCCAGGACAUGCAGUGGCUGCUGGAGCGCGGUGUGCAGUUCGCCGACGUGGCCUUCUACGCUGGGGAUUCUGGGAAGGAGCUGGGCUGGGCGCAUGCAGCCGUGCUGUGCUCCGUCAGCCCGUACUUCAGGCAGCUCCUCCUGGGGGGCCAGGCCCGCGAACGCCCCGUCUCCCGCUGCGUCUGCCGGGACGCCCCCCAGAGCCUGCUCUCCACCUGGGACGGGGCGGCCGAGGACCCCCCCCGCCCCGACGGGCACCUCGCUGGACGCCUCUCCCGGCUGGUGGUGAAGGACCCCCUCCUCUGCCGCUGUCUGUGGGACAUGCUGAGGUUCCUCUACCGAGGCGCGUCGGAGUGGAAGCAGCUCCAGGACGCAGCGGGGGAGAAGCUGAAGAGUUCGCUGGCGGUCGGCGAACUGCUGGAGAGAGUGCGGUCGUUUCUCACCAAGGAGAAGGGCUCCAGGGACACCCUCAACAGCCACCAAUCCCAGCAGUCCUCCCGUUACCUGGGAAACCUCUUCAACUCCCCCCUGUGUUCGGAUGUCAUUUUCAUGGUACAAGGGAGCGUGCUGCCUGCUCAUAGGGCCGUGCUGGUAGCGCGCUGUGAUGUCAUGGCCGCCAUGUUCAGUGGGAAGUACGCCGAGGCCAGGAGUCGCGUGGUGCCCAUCCACGGCGUCUCCUCCGACACCUUCCUGUCCUUCCUGGAGUACCUCUACACUGACACCUGCUGUCCAGCCAGCGUGCUGCAGGCCAUGGCGGUGCUGGUCUGCGCAGAGAUGUACCAGGUGAAGCGUCUGCAGCACCUGUGCGAGGUGUGCGUCUGCGCGUACCUGCAGAGCAUGCCCAGCCGAGAGCUGGCCUCCACGGGGAUCAGCGUCGUCCGUCUGCUGCGUCGAGCCAAGUGCCACAAUGCAGACCAGCUCUACGUGUGGCUCCUGCAUUUCAUCGCCAAUAACUACCUGAUCUUCAGCCACAAGCCAGACUUCCUGGAGCUGUCAGGUGAGAGGUGACGCCCCCUACAGUCCCUCUGGGCCCUGCACGGAUGUCAGGGGUAGCACAGCACACUCAUGGCACCUCAGUAUGGGAUGCCACGCAAGAAAUAGUCAAAUGCUGAUAAAUGCUGAUCUUAAUGUAAUACUUGGCCGAAUCGACCAGGGAUAGCACUGCAGAUUUAUCUGGAAAAACCACCUGCCUAUCGGCACAUUGUUCCAUGUGUGUCCAAGACAAACCCUCACCCCCCUGAAACUCACCCAUUCACACUGCAUUGAUUUCAAAUAUAUUUAUUGGACUCUAAAUUGUACAUCUAAUUCCAUCAUGAACAACAGGUUUCCAGGACAUUUAUAUUGGACGGGCUUGUUUACCCCCUUUUUACAAAGGGCUAAAGUACAACGAGUUUUGUUGCAACAUUCCUAAAUUCUACAGAACCCACAUCUAGCAAACACUGCUCGUAAGCUGCCUACAAAGACCGAAAACUAUGUGAGCUCUUUUCCUUUUUGGUUUCUAUCAUUUCUUGUGAGGUUGUCGAUGAUAAAUUCCCCAAAAAAUGGUCUCUCCACCAUAACUAGCUAAUGCCUCCAUUGUAAACCAUUAUGUUGUGGAUUGAGAAGUUGGACAGGACUGAGGAUCCUGGAGGUCCGGGAUGUUGUUGAGGGGUGGCGCGUUUCCGCGGUCGUCAUGGUGACAGCGUCUCCGUUAUUGGGCGUGGCGGGGUUGUGUUUCAGACGAGGAGAGGGAGCAGGUGGAGAGGGUCCGGUGGCCGUCCCGGGGAUACCUGCAGGAGCUCAGCGAGUACCAGCAGCGGAGACGGCAACUGCGCAAAUCUCGCUGCCUCGUCAUGUGACCCUCCCGACCCCGUCCUGCAGCAGGAAGGGGGGAGGGGGGGGGAGAGGGGAGGAGAGGAUCAGACGUACGCCACUGGAGGAGGAGAGGGAACACCAGGGGGAGGAGACCAGGCGGGAAGCUCCUCUGGAAUGGCGUGGUCUGCAGGGCGCACCGGGAAUUUGGUUUGUGCCAAAACUGACCACAACGUGAAUGCGGUUCCUAUGGCGAUGAACCAAGAACCCGGUCUUACGCACGAGCACAUGUGUGUUGGGACUUACCACAGGGCCUGCGGAGGACUACACCCAUAAACCCAAAAACUCAAGGUAACUUAAACUGAAAGGUAAUCAGCAGGGAGAUGGACUUGUGGCUCUGCAAGACCAACACACUGGACUCGCUGGGAACGCAUUCAAUGAUCAAAAACAGUACUAGCAAAACAAGUGUCCUAAAUAAUGUUAACUCCAUUAAAGAUAAAAAUAGAAACCCGAUGUUUAUGAACAUAUCAUAGAUUUAUUAUUUAAAGACCAUGCAACUAUUUUUAUAACAUUGUUGCCUAUUUUUGUUCCUAACAAAUGAAUGGAGACUUUGGGAUUGGAGCUGCUGGGGAAAGACGGGCGUGUGGUUUGUACCGCAGGUGUGUAGCCAGGUCAGGGGUGAUGAACGAAAGCAUCGCUGCCCCAUUCGUAGCCUUGUACAGUUCCACUGGUGUCUGCCUGCAUCAAUAAAGACUGUUUUUUUGUGUUUUUUUAACAUGCAAA